UUGAAUUAUACAGAUAUUUUCCCACCAAACUCAUCUUCCCUCUUCCUCUCAACACCUUUAAAUAUUCGAAUCAAAGACCAAAAACUCAUCAAAAACCAAAAACAAACAAACACACAUCAAAGCAAAAGAAGAAGAAGAAGAAGAAGAAGAAGAAGAAGGCAAAAAACUUUUCAAGUAAGCAAGCAGAACCAUGGCACUGAUGAAGAAGAGUCUCUUUGCUCUUCUCCUCUCAUCACCACUUCUCAUCAUCUGUCUUACUGCAUUACUCACUUAUCCGGCUUCAGUUGGAGCUCGCCGGUUAGUGGAGGAGAUUCCUAAACCGGAAAUACCCAAAUUGCCUGAACUACCUCACAUGGAGAUACCAAAAUUUCCCGAACUACCUCACCCGGAGCUACCUAAAUUUCCGGAGAUGCCUCACGCGGAGCUACCAAAAUUUCCUGAGCUACCUCACCCGGAGCUGCCAAAAUUCGAAGUUCCAAAGUUGCCGGAGCUCCCUAAACUAGAGAUUCCCAAGUUACCUGAAUUUCCAAAGCCCGAGCUGCCCAAGAUUCCGGAAAUUCCAAAGCACGAGGGGACUAAGUUGAUGGAGACUCCGAAGGUGCCAGAGAUUCCAAAACCAGAGCUACCAAAGGUACCAGAGAUUCCUAAACCGGAGCUACCAAAGGUACCGGAGAUUCCUAAACCGGAGCUACCAAAGAUUCCGGAAAUUCAAAAGCCUGAAGCUCCUAAGUUGCCGGAGUUGCCAAAGGUGCCGGAGAUUCCAAAACCAGAGCUACCAAAGGUACCAGAGAUUCCUAAACCGGAGCUACCAAAGGUACCGGAGAUUCCUAAACCGGAGCUACCAAAGAUUCCGGAAAUUCAAAAGCCUGAAGCUCCUAAGUUGCCGGAGUUGCCAAAGGUGCCGGAGAUUCAAAAACCAGAGCUACCAAAGGUGCCAGAGAUUCCAAAGCCCGAGUUGCCGAAGAUGCCGGAGAUUCCAAAACCAGAGCUACCGAAGAUGCCUGAAGUUCCCAAGUUGCCGGAACUCCCAAAAGUUCCUGGAACUCACUAAAGCCUAUCGAGCCGUAUGAAAGCCCAUCUACUUUUAAGGGCCCACAUGCCCAUGAUCUAGAUUUCUAUAUCACCUGUCUUGUGUGUCUAUCUCAUCCGUCGUUUUCUUAGGGAACCAUAUCUAUGGUUUGUUCUCAUAGCUAUACUUUCUUUCUUCAUACACUUAUGCUUUGUACUAUCUGUUAUAUACUUGUAUGUUUCAUACAUAUAAAUUUAUUUGUGUUUCAUAUACU